UAAGCGAUACCAGUCGCUUGCUUCUCACUGAAGGCUGCGUCGUCGGCAGGUGUCUGGACAUCGUUCUCUGCGUACUCCCCUUGAUACCCUAUGUUCUCGUCCCUUCAUCAGGUAUAAUUACUAGUAAAUCCUCAUUCUACCGCUCUAUUUUGUCAGAAGGUGCCGGAACCGAAACGUGACGGAGACAGUCUGGUAGGAUGUUGCAAUCGGCUCUAUACACCGGCUUUCUGUGGGCCUUAUUACCCUCGCUAUUCUUCCUCUCUGGUUCAGAAGCAGCACCAACAGACAACUUGCCCUCAGCAGCAUCCUUCUACGUGUCACACGUACCAGACCUUCAGCAAGACUCUUCACGUCCCCUUCAUGUCUAUGCUGGACACCUUCCAUCAGAUCCCGACGCUGCAUCAAAACCUGCAACAGAAGUAACAGCACAUCUCUAUUUUGUCCUCGUCAAAAACCGCCGACUUGCCGAUAAGGAACGGAUACUAUUUUGGUUUAAUGGUGGACCAGGAUGCUCGUCGUUCGAUGGUCUUAUGAUGGAGGUGGGCCCUUGGAGGGUCGAUGGAAAGGGUGGGUUGAGGGUGGCGGAGGGUGGUUGGGAGGAGUAUACAACUAUGGUUUAUAUUGACCAGCCACCAGGGACAGGAUUCUCAUACACGUCCACAGACAAGUAUCUUCACGAGCUCCCCGAUGCCUCAAGAUAUUUCAUAACCUUCCUUCGGAAUUUCUAUCAAGUAUUCCCAGAGUACAAGACUAUGGAUACCUAUCUCGGAGGUGAAAGUUAUGCAGGACAAUAUAUCCCGUACUUCGCCGAUGCAAUCCUAAAUGCGAACCUUGGCGUACCCUUCCGAGGAGCAGCAAUAGGUAAUGGUUGGAUAGAUGCACGAAGACAAUACCCAUCGUUCCUCGAAUAUGCAGUCAAGCAUGGUAUUGUCACAGAGAACUCGGAUGAUUGGAAACGAGGAAAAGACAUUACAGAUAGAUGUAUGGAAGAUAUUGAGAAAGAGGCAGGUUCAAUCGAACCAAUUCACACCGACCUCUGCGAAUCAGUUAUGAACGUCGUAAUCGAGCAUCAUACCAAACAAAUCAAUGGGACGAAGACGUGCAUGAACAUGUACGAUGUCCGACUAAAUGAUCUUCAUCCUGCAUGUGGUAUGAACUGGCCGCCAGAUGUCAGGGACAUCAAUACAUAUCUCGGGCGUCAAGACGUCGUACGCGCUUUCCAUGCCCAAGACGCCUCCACCGCCUGGGACGAAUGUCGACCAGCCAUUCAUCGAGCCUUUAGCACCAGACGUUCCAAUUCUUCGAUCACAAUACUACCGAGCGUCCUAGAAAAAGUCCCGAUGAUGGUGUUUGCAGGCGACCAGGAUUUGAUUUGCAACUAUGUGGGGCUUGAGAGUAUGAUCCAGGCUAUGACUUGGAAUGGAGCUACUGGGCUAGGCCUUUACUGAAAUUUCGAUAUCCUUCGUAGACUGUUCAAACCCAAUCUUGGACUGUCAACAAUACCGCCGCUGGAACCUGGGUAACCUCCCGAAAUCUCACCUAUGUCAAGAUCUUCAACGCUUCCCACAUGGCUGGAUUCGACGUGCCCCAUAUAAGUCACGACAUGAUCUUACGGUUCAUGGGUGUGAACUUUAGUGCGAUCACAGAAGGAAGUGCGAGAAUAUCUAGUUCGGUGGGAGAUGAGUUGAAACCUGUACCUAUCCUCGUGGAGGAGAAUAGAGCAUCUCAGGUGCCUGUUGCGGGUAAGACUCCGGAGCAGGACAAGGCUAUGUGGGAAGCGUACUACAAUGCAGGCUCAGCAGCGCUCGUUCUAGUGCUCAUAGCUCUCCUCAUCGGUGGCUUUCUCUGGUGGCGUUCUCGCAAAGGCGGACUCCGAGGUCUCCCACUCUCUAGUCGAGGAAGUAUGGCUCUGAACGAAGAGAGUAUACCGCUUCGGACAAACGGGGAUGCAGAAGAUGGGUUGGGUGGUGAUGACUUUGAAGGUGGUGCGCGGCGUAGAAACGGGGAUGCGAAAGGAAAGGGUAAGGAGAGGGCACGGACGUUUACGCCUCAGGAGGAGAUAUUUGGGGUUGGAGAUAGUGAUGAUGAGGGUGGGAAGAGCCCGAGAGUUUAAAGUAGCUCGUUAGCCUAUUACUUUUAUUUAUUCUUUCGUAUUACAGGUGGAUUCCUUUUGACGUCAAAUACUUGUCUCGAGGAAAGAAAAGGGGUAUGCUUGAUUAUAUGCGUACAGUCUAAAAGCGACCGAAUAAUAUACUAUGAAUGCGUUGUGAGUAUACAGUAUAUUAGGACGUGAAGCCGUGUGUAGAAAUAUGGAAUGAAGCAAAGCUAAUGCAAAAUGAACAAACUGUUCGAGAUAUAAAGAACCCUUCGAGGGCAUCCAAACUCAUACUAUGAUUCCAGUCAUGCCUGCGGCUUCUGUUCCAAGUCCGGCGCCUGACAUCGAAUACUAUGAAUCCUUGCCCAAAUCCCGGAAUCGUCUUCACCAAACUUGGUGCGCUCUCCCCAACCUUUCUUCUUUCUUCUCUCC